AUGCUUUCCACAUCUCAGAAACGACCUCUCUUAUUCGCACAUGAGAAUGAGACCAUAAGUGUCGCUGGACCGCGAACAUUCUCUGUCUCUACGACCCUGCUGAAGAAGAAAGAAAAAUCGCGAGGAUCUUCUAUCGCAGAUUCCCAGCAAACAACCGCGAAGGCCGGGGUAGCUACGGAAGACCCUUAUGACCUCUCUUCUCUACAAGCUGGCAUUUCGACUGUCGUGUCCCGGCUCAGAGAUGAUUUAUCUAAACUACGCAUCGGAGGCCGUUUCAAUACUGAAUCCUUAGAGAAUCUGCGAGUGUGCUUAAGCAAAGGGAGCAAAGACACCUUGAGACUGGGGGACCUGGCGCAAGUUGUUCCUAAAGGAGGACGGACGGUUACCAUACUGGCUUCUGAAGAAGAGCACAUCAAACCAGUCACUUCAGCGAUUGUUUCUUCAAACCUAUCACUUACACCACAGCCUGAUGCCCAUAAUGCGCUUCAACUAAAUAUCCUCAUCCCGCCACCCACGAAAGAAUUGCGCGACCAGACGGUGGCAAUUGCAAAAGCUGCUAUGGACAAGGCAGCUGGUGCUAUUCGUGAGUCGAGGAGUGUUGCUCACAAACGUUUGCAAGAUAUGCAGAAGAAGAAGAUUGCCCGGCCUGAUGAUGUUCGCAAAGCUCAAGACCAAAUGGAAAAGUUAACAGAAAGAGGGCAGAAGGAGGUGAAGGAGUUAUUUGACACUACAAGAAAAGCAUUGGAGCGAGUAUAA